AUGAAGCUUUUUACAACAGAUCAUUAUUUCAACUAUCCGUGGGAACAAGUUACAGCUGCCAAUUGGCAAAAAUACCCUAAUGAAUUAUCUACUCAUGUCGAAUCGGUUGAUAUUAUCAAUAGAGAGAUCGAUGUUGAACGUAAAGUAUUGCGUACAGAAAGAUUGAUUGGUUGUAAGCAAUCAAUUCCAAGGUGGUUGGUAUAUCUUGUUGGUGCACUGGACCAAUCAUAUGUGAGAGAAGUGAGUGAGGUUGAUUUGGUAAAUAAGACCCUUGUGAUGAAAUCGCAUAAUUUGACAAUGAACCAUUUAUUAUUGGUUAAUGAAACUGUUGUUUACAAGCCUGAUGCAGAUAUGCCACAAUCACGUACGAGUUUCAACCAAGAAGCUGAAAUUACAGCCUAUGCAUCCAUAAAGAAAAUAUGUGAAAAAGUUGAGGAAUGGUCCGUAGAAAGAUUUGGGCAAAACGCCAAAGUUGGUAAAUUAGGGUUCGAAUCAGUUUUAGAAACGUUGAACAAGAAAUGGGAAGAAUCGGGCGUAUUUGUUUCCGAUGUUAGCUUCUCGAUUAUCAAAGAUAUAAAUCAAGUCAGCGACAGAACCCAUAGUGUUUUGAGUGAGGUUACAAAGUUAGGUAAUGUUUUCAGCAAAUAA